GAAGUCGUCGCGAAGCGGGGUGCGGGCUGUGCUUCAUGCCGGUGGCGGGCUAUGGCGACCGAGGGGGACGUGGAGCUGGAGCUGGAGACCGAGACAAGCGGUCCGGAGCGGCCUCCUGAGAAGCCACGGAAGCAUGACAGCGGCGCGGCGGACCUGGAGCGAGUCACCGACUAUGCGGAGGAGAAGGAGAUCCAGAGUUCCAACCUGGAGACGGCCAUGUCCGUGAUUGGAGACAGACGGUCCCGGGAACAGAAAGCCAAACAGGAGCGGGAGAAGGAGCUGGCAAAAGUCACCAUCAAGAAGGAAGAUCUGGAACUGAUAAUGACAGAGAUGGAGAUCUCACGAGCAGCAGCAGAACGGAGCCUGAGGGAACACAUGGGCAACGUGGUAGAGGCCCUGAUUGCCUUAACCAACUGAUGUGUGCUUUCUCAGUUCUACCUACUGGAUUAACUUAUUUCAAUAAAGAUUUUUGUGUUGCAGAUUUAUCAUUUUU